CAUCCUAGUUUUUGGCAAACCUUUGAAUCUAAGCAUUCUGUUUUCUUUUUCUUCUUCCUCGUUCAGGCACACCCAUCCCAUCCCAUUUAGCAGAGAGAGAAAGAGAGGAGAGAGAGAGAAGAGAGAGGAGGGAGAGAGAGAGAGAGAUCAUGAUCUGGGGUGUGCUUAUUCCCACUAUGGUCAUGAUCAAUCCCAUUACAUUCCCUACAUUCUUGAUCCUCUCAACUUGAACCCCCUUUUCAAUCUUCGAUCGAUCUUUUCAACAAUCUUUCUUGAGAUUCUUGGGAUUUUUCCUCUGUUGAUAUGCCGGUGGGAUCUUUUAGGAGCUUUGUUGAGCAGAAGCUCGGGACAUUUCCACAUUUCUUGGUGUACGUCGUUUUCGAAUGGGUGGUAAUAAUCUUGCUUUUCAUCGAUGGGUUCCUCGCCUUCGUCUCUAACGAAAUCGCCAGGUUCUUUGAGCUUAGAAUUCCCUGCUUGCUCUGCACAAGGAUAGAUCAUGUCCUUGUCCACCGGGACUCGAAUUUCUACUACAAUGAGUCAAUAUGUGAGAUUCACAAGAAGGACAUCUCGUCCCUCGCCUAUUGUAACGUGCACAAGAAGCUCUCCGAUAUUCGUUGCAUGUGCCAGGGGUGCCUUCUUUCGUUUGCAACGGAGAAAGGUUCUGAUUUCGAUAAGUACAAGUCCCUUGUUGGGAUUUUGCACAAGGAUGCAGAUUACUUUGUUGAGGAUGACCGGAAACUGCUUGUGAAACCGUUGAAGAAGGAUGACUCAGAGAUUGCAUCUGAUGAGAAGAGUGAAAUGCUCAGGUGUUCUUGUUGUGGGGAGCCUCUGAAGUCGAGAUCUUCGACCAAGUAUAGCAGGAGUUUGUCGAUGAGUGCUCCUGCACCAUCUCCUCGAGCCUCCUUGUUUGGAAGCAGAAACGAGGAAGGAGGGAAUAUGGAUUUGCCGUCUGUUAGGUACACAGAGCUGAAGUUGGUUGCAGACAAUGAACUGGAGCUGCCGGAGGAUGAAGAUGCUGCAAAUGCAGAAACUCAGGCAGUUAGAGAGGAUGUCAAAGCUGCUAGAGUCCCGUUGUUACCAGAUACGGAGGACUUGGGCGAAGAUGCUGCAAGAACCCCUAGCUUUACAAGGGGAAACAAAUUUUUUGGUAUCCCAUUAUCAGAUACAGCACAAAUGAGUCCGAGGUGGGCCAACCGUGCCUCUAAAAAACUAACAGUCGACAAACUAGACUUUAUUUUGGACGCUCAUGAUGCAACUGAGCCAGACGGAAAUAUUCUGACUCGUCUGAAGAGACAAGUUCGUAUGGACCGUAAGGCCCUUACGGAACUAUACAUGGAACUGGAUGAAGAAAGGAGUGCUGCUGCAGUUGCAGCAAACAAUGCAAUGGCCAUGAUCACACGGCUGCAGGCUGAGAAGGCAGCUGUUCAAAUGGAGGCGUCACAGUAUCAGAGAAUGAUGGAAGAGCAGGCGGAAUACGACCAAGAAGCUCUGCAGUUAAUGAAAGACAUGCUUUUCAAGAGAGACGAGGACAUAAAGGCGUUAGAGGCUGAACUCGAGAUGUACAGAGAAAAAUACGGGCAUAUCAAGAAAAUAGGGAGUGAGAUAUGUGAAAUUGAUGCUGAAGAUGAUUAUCAAGAUAUGAAGUCUCAGGCCUUGUCGAUGUUUAGUGACAAAUCAGACGGCAGUAGCUCUAAUGGAGCAGAUCGUAGUGAAAACGAGCAUGCCUACGAACAGGCUGUGGAGUAUGGAGGAGGGGUUCCCGACGUAUCAACCUUAGAUUUCGAGGGAGAGAGAUCUUACCUUCUAAGUCUUUUGGGGGAACUUGAGCAAAAGAUAAAUUCACCCUCAGAUGAAAUAUCAAAUCCUACCGAGGUUGCUGUAGUCAUGCCUGAAAAUGAAGGCAGAGGAAAUGAAAAUAGGGGGAUGCUCACAAGAGAAGUAUCUAUGAUUCGGGAGAGGUUAAGAGCCAUCGAAGCAGAAAGCGGAUUCUUAAAACACGCUGCUAUGACGUUGCAACAAGGGGGCGAAGGAACUAAACUCUUAACUGAAAUAGCUCAACAUCUCCGAAAACUUAGGCACCCUGUCAAAUCUCCCUCAGAAGCCACAGACGCAUGACAUUUUUGUCCGGCAGAUGCUUCUCAUCCUCUUUUUCCAUUACUUUCACCACAUUAGGAUGUAAAUACCAUAGAAGUAACAAUGGAGCACUGGAAUCCCGCUUGGAUGUUAUUAGCUCUUGGUUCUCGUUAUCUCAAUUGCUGUCGGUAAAGUUUUGAGGAGGCUUCCAUUUUUUGACAAACGAUACACAUAUAAACACAGACUUUGCACCGGUUAGACGCGUAGACAUAAGCUAGGACUGGAAGCUUACUCAAAGAUGGCAUAGAACGGUGAGAGCCGUCCGUCUGUUUUACAGUUCUCUCAACAAAUCUCCGUUGCUCGAAUAGGAAACUUAAGCUAGAGCUUCCCUUAGAGUACUGUGAUAGCAUUGUGUGUUCUAAUAGUGACUGCUGAGUUUGUAAUUUUUUGCCUAUAAACUAGUCAGGACAGAAGAUGAGAGCAGAGGAUUGAAGUUUCUCUUUUCUGUGUGUGUUGGAGUCUUGAUGAAGAGACAAGAAGAUUGUAGUGUUUCUAUAUCCUCUUAUGUCUUUUCCUUGUCUGUAACAUGGAAAACUCUUCACACUUGGGAAGCAGAUUCGUGCUCCGACACACUGUUUUCUUGUUUCAAACUUCAGCAGUUUUCUGAACAGUGGGAUGUAGUUUCGAUCCGCCCCAGCAAGACUAACGAUCUUUUCCCGUUUUAUUUGGAUGUACAAUGCCUUUUCCGACUCUCCACAUCAAAUAUUUUGACAAAUUUUUGCA